AUGUCAGCAGCCCUGGAGGAGUUCUGCGGCUCCGUCUUCUGGGAGUGUUUGCCCUUGUCCUGUGUGCCGAGUGAGAGCCAAGCAAUUGCAUGUGACCUGGUGUUCUGUCCUUGUUGCCCCCAGAAUGAUUCCUACCUUGCUCGUCCGGAUGCCGACCUGCCAGUGUGCUUCCAGCAGACUGUGCUGGUCUGGAUCCCCCUUGGCUUCUUCUGGAUUUUGGCCCCAUGGCAGCUCCUGCCCAUGUGCAAAUCCAGAGCCAAGAAAUCCUCUGUGACCAAACUCUACAUCAUCAAACAGGUGCUGGCUGCCCUGCUGGUGCUGACGGCGGUGGCGGGGCUGGCGCUGGCGUUUGUGGACGCGGAGCAGGGCGCUGUGCCAGCCGUGCAGUACACCAACCCCAGCCUGUACAUCGCCACCUGGAUGAUGGUCCUGCUGGUGCAGGAUGCACGGCGCUCCUGCUUGCGCAGAGAUUCGGGGGUGCUUUUCUGCUUCUGGACACUCUCCCUUCUCUGUGGGAUUCUGCCAUUCCAGUCGCUUGUCCGGAAAGCCCUGCAGGAACCAAUCUCUGACCUGCCACGGUUUAUCCUUUUCUUCAUCUCCUACGGGCUACAGCUGCUGCUCUUCCUUGUCUCAGGCCUCUCAGACGUUGCCCCAGAAACAAAGGAAAUCGGGAAGAAGAACCCACAGGUGACAGCGUCCUUCCUGAGCUCCAUCACCUUUGAAUGGUACACCAGCAUGGUUGUCAAGGGCUAUCGCAAGCCUUUGGAGAUAGAGGAUGUCUGGGAAUUGAAUGAUAAAGACAAGACAAAGGUUCUUUACACUGCUUUUGAGAAGAACAUGAAGACUGCGAUGCAGAAGGCCAGAGCAGAACUGGAGAAACGGAAGCGCAAGAAGAGAUGGCAGGAGGGUGACCCAGACCAUGGGAACAGCAUGAGCAAGGCCCAGAGCCAGGAUAUCCUGGUGCUGGAGGAGAAGCAGCCAAAGAAGAAGAAGAAGAAGAAGGGAGACAACAAGGACUCAGGCCCUCCCAAGGAUUACCCCAGGGGCUGGUUGAUGAAAACCUUGGGCAAGACCUUUUAUCAGAAUCUCCUGCUAGCAGUGGCAUUCAAGGUGGUGCAUGAUGCCCUCGUGUUUGUCAGCCCCCAGCUGCUGAAGCUGCUGAUUGCCUUUGUGUCAGAUAAGGAUGCCUUUGCCUGGCAAGGCUAUCUGUAUGCCAUCCUGCUCUUCCUGACAGCAGUGAUCCAGUCCCUCUGCCUGCAGCAGCACUUCACCUUGUGCUUCCAGCUUGGCAUCAAUGUGCGAGCCAGUCUCAUUGCUGCCAUCUACAAGAAGUCGCUCACCAUGUCCGGAGCCACCCGCAAGGAGUCCACGGUGGGGGAGACUGUCAAUCUGAUGUCAGCUGAUGCCCAGAGGUUCAUGGACAUGGCCAACUUUAUUCACCAGCUGUGGUCAUCCCCCCUGCAAAUUAUCCUGUCCGUUGUCUUCCUCUGGGGAGAGCUGGGCCCCUCUGUCUUGGCUGGCAUUGCGACCUUGUUGCUGCUGCUCCCCAUAAAUGCCUUCCUGGUUGCCAAGGCCAAAACCAUUCAGGUGAGGAACAUGAAGAACAAGGAUGAACGCAUGAAAAUAAUGACUGAAAUCCUCAAUGGAAUCAAGAUCCUGAAGCUUUUUGCCUGGGAGCCCUCCUUUGAGAAGCGAGUUAAUGACAUCCGGGCUCAGGAGCUCAAGAACUUGGUGAACUUUGGUUACCUGCAGUCAGUCUCUGUCUUUGUCUUCACAUGUGCUCCUACCCUGGUCUCCCUGGCAAGCUUUGCUGUCUAUGUGCUUGUGGAUGAGAACAACAUCUUGGAUGCACAGAAGGCCUUCACUGCCAUCUCCCUUUUCAAUGUGCUGCGCUUCCCCAUGGCCACACUGCCCAUGGUCAUCUCUACCCUGGUGCAGACCAACGUGUCGACUGCGAGGCUGGAGCGAUACCUCAGUGGAGAGGACCUGGACACCUCAGCUAUCCACCACAACCCCAUUGCAGGCAGUGCUGUGCGUUUCUCAGAGGCCACCUUUGCCUGGGAGCAGGACGGCGACGCUGCCAUAAGAGAUGUCACCCUGGACAUCACGCCUGGCAGCCUGGUGGCUGUGGUGGGGCCUGUGGGCUCAGGCAAAUCUUCCCUGGUGUCAGCCAUGCUUGGGGAGAUGGAGAAUAUCAAGGGACACAUCAACAUCCAGGGCUCCCUGGCCUAUGUUCCCCAGCAGGCCUGGAUCCAGAAUGCCACACUGAAAGACAACAUCAUUUUUGGGUCAGAAGUGGAUGAAGCCAGGUAUCAGCAGGUCCUCAAGGCCUGCGCCCUCCUUCCAGACCUGGAAUUGCUGCCUGCAGGUGACCAGACAGAGAUUGGAGAGAAGGGAAUCAACCUGAGCGGGGGCCAGAAGCAGCGGGUGAGCCUGGCGCGGGCGGUGUACAGCGACGCCGACAUCUACAUCCUGGACGACCCGCUCUCGGCCGUGGAUGCCCACGUGGGCAAGUACCUCUUCGAGCACGUGCUGGGACCAAAAGGGCUGCUGCAAAAGAAGACACGGAUCUUGGUGACGCACAGUAUCAGUUUCCUGCCCCAGGUCGAUAACGUUGUGGUGCUGGCAGCAGGAGCAGUGUCUGAGCAUGGCUCCUACAGCACCCUGCUUGCAAACAAGGGGGCCUUUUCCCAGUUCCUGAACUUGUAUGGAAAUCAGGAGGAGAAUGUUUCAGAGGAAAACACUGCAGCUGUUGCUUUAGCUGGGGAUGAAGAGCAGGCUGAUGAAGCUGUGGAUCCUUGCAUGGAGGAGAGCACUGAAGAUGUGGUGACAAUGACCCUGAAGCGAGAGGCCAGCAUCCAUCGGAGAAAACUGAGUCGCAGCCUUAGUAAAAGGAGCACCAGUUCCCAGAAAAAGGCCCAAGAGGAGCCCCCAAAGAAGCUGAAGGGACAGCAACUGAUCGAGAAAGAAGCUGUGGAAACCGGCAGGGUGAAGUUCUCCAUGUAUGUGCGGUACCUGCGUGCUGUUGGCUGGUGCUUUACCUUCUGGAUCGUCAUGGGCUACAUUGGAGAAUACGUGGCCUACGUGGGCAGCAACCUGUGGCUCAGUGACUGGACGGACGACUCGGUGCGCUACCAGAACCAGAGCUACCCCACGCAGCUGCGGGACCUGCGCAUCGGCGUCUUUGGGGCACUGGGCAUCUCACAAGGUGUCUUCCUGCUCUUUGCAACCAUGCUGUCUGCCCGGGGUGCCAUGGGAGCCUCCCGUGUCAUGCACCAGCUGCUGCUCAGCAACAUCCUGCGCGCGCCCAUGAGCUUCUUCGACACCACCCCGGUGGGCCGCAUCAUCAACCGCUUUGCCAAGGACAUCUUCACAGUGGAUGAGACCAUUCCCACGUCCUUCCGCACCUGGAUCUCCUGUUUCAUGGCCAUCAUUAGCACACUGAUUGUGAUCUGCCUGGCCACUCCGUUCUUUGCUGUUGUUAUCAUUCCCUUGAGCAUCUUCUACUAUUUUGUGCUGCGCUUCUACGUGGCGACGUCUCGCCAGCUGAGGCGUCUGGACUCUGUCACCAGGUCUCCCAUCUACUCUCACUUUGGUGAGACUGUGUCAGGCCUUUCUGUGAUCCGGGCCUAUGGACACCAAGAACGGUUCCUGAAGAAAAAUGAAAUCACCAUGGACAUAAAUCAGAAAAGUGUUUAUUCCUGGAUAAUAUCAAAUAGGUGGCUGGCCAUCCGUCUGGAGUUUGUUGGGAGCCUGGUGGUUUUCUUCUCUGCACUCCUGGCAGUGAUUGCAAAGGGCACUCUGGAGGGCGGCAUCGUGGGUCUUUCUGUCUCCUCUGCUCUCAAUGUGACCCAGACACUGAACUGGCUGGUGAGGACAUCUUCGGAGCUGGAGACCAACAUCGUGGCUGUGGAGCGGGUCCAUGAGUAUGUGACCGUGAAGAAUGAGGCUCCAUGGGUGACAAAAACGCGUCCACCACGUGGCUGGCCCAGCAGAGGCGAGAUCCAGUUCAUUGACUACAAAGUUCGCUACCGACCUGAACUGGACCUGGUUCUUCAGGGGAUCACCUGUAACAUUGGGAGCACUGAGAAGGUUGGGGUUGUGGGCCGGACCGGGGCUGGAAAAUCCUCCCUCACCAACUGCCUGUUCCGGGUGCUGGAGGCGGCUGGAGGGAAGAUCAUCAUUGACGACGUGGACAUAGCAACAAUUGGCCUCCACGACCUGCGCAACAACCUCACCAUCAUCCCCCAGGACCCUGUGCUCUUCACUGGAACCCUGCGGAUGAACCUGGACCCCUUUGACCAGUACUCAGACGAGGAGGUCUGGAAGGCCCUGGAGCUGGCUCACCUGAAGACAUAUGUGCAAGGCCUUCCCGAGAGGCUGCUGCAUCACGUGAGCGAGGCAGGGGAGAACUUGAGUGUUGGGCAGAGGCAGCUGGUGUGCCUGGCCCGGGCCCUUCUCCGCAAAGCCAAGAUCCUCAUCCUGGAUGAAGCAACAGCAGCCGUAGAUCUGGAAACGGAUCAUUUAAUCCAGACAACAAUCCGGAGUGCGUUUGCUGACUGCACUGUCCUUACUAUCGCCCAUCGCCUCCACACUAUCAUGGACAGCAACAGGGUGAUGGUGCUGCAUGCUGGGCAGAUUGUGGAAUUCGACAGCCCUGAGAAGCUGCUCCUGAAGGAGGGCAUCUUCUCUGCGAUGGCAAAGGACGCCGGCAUCACUGCUGCAGACACCACGGCUCUGUAGGCAGAGAGCUGCAGGGGCCGCCUGUGAGACAGCUCCUCCUGCUGCCGCUCACCCACAGCCAAGCUGCCAGGAAUUGGCCUCUCUGCAGCAGGGAAGCAAAGAGGGCUUCUCUGCUUGUCCAGAGACUCAGCAUCUGGACUUGAGGGAGCUGUUAACCUUACUACCACAUCCUGCCUGUGUGCACACAAGGGUCUGGAGCUGUAUAAUUUAUUCCAGGGUAGAGGGGAAAAGCUGUCUGCCAGGCAGGGAGAUCAUGACCUCCAGUGGGGGUGGUCUUAGUUUUUGUACUUCACCAUGCCAGGUGAAUCUACCUUAGAGAUGCUUUAGCAUUAUGGAAUGAAAUUUACAGUUUAA